GCUGCCUCUUACGCCUGCCACUUGCUACUUGUUGCCGCAGAGUAUCAGAUCGCAUCUUGUCUUCAUCUCAUCCCAUGCAAUCUCAACUCGCCGAUCGAAAAUUCCCAGACGACUUGUAACGCUGAUCGAUCAUCCACAUCUGAGCCUUGCGAGCCUUGCGUGUCGAGAUGGAGGACGAGUGGACGGUCAAUGCCAAUAAUGCGCUUUCCUUGUCGCUUGUGCGACCGACUGCCACCGCCAUCGAUAAAGUCGCAUCCUUCCACCCCGAGUUUACGUAUGCCGUCUUUGGCCAGGAUGAGAGCAUUUUCGGAUAUAAGGGCUUGAGGAUUGAAUUGCAAUACGAUGCUAGGGAUUUGCGACCGAAUCUUUCCGUUUCGUCCGCGCGCAAAUUUACGGCUGUUGGUGAUGUUGAGGCAGUUGAUAUCAGGGAGACUUUGAGAGAGUUCUUGCCCGGAGUCGCCUUCCAAUCGAAGCAAGACUUCCAGUUAGCUAUUAAGAAUAUCCCCGACAACUGGACCCCUCCCGGAAGCCUCCUCAAGACCUAUGAGAAGAACGGAGAGACGUACGAGAUUUGGCAUGGCAAGUUGUCCGAUCCGGCUAUCCUACAACUCGUCAAGCGCAUCCAAUUCGUAGUUCUUCUCUUCAUCGAAGGGGGAUCUUACAUCGGAGUCGAUGCCGAAGGGAAGGAUGAACCCGCCUAUUCUCUCUCUCGAUGGUCCAUCUUCUUCGUUUACAAGAAGGAAGCAGAUCCCGCUGCGGCGGGCAAGCAUCAGUAUACUUUCCAGGGCUACUCGACGGUCUAUAAUUUCUGGAUGUACCAAACACCUGCUCCUCGAAAGAUUCCCAAUAACGAGUCUUGGGAGCUACCGACGGGGGACUUUCCACUCGAGUACCUGCCUCACCGCGUGCGAAUUUCACAGUUUGUCAUCCUCCCUCCCUUUCAAGGCAAGGGAAUCGGCGCUUUCCUCUACAAUACCAUCUUCGAGCUAGCGAUAAACAACAGCGCCGUUAAAGAAGUCACCGUGGAAGAUCCGAACGACGACUUCGACCUCCUGCGGGACUUGUGCGACAUGAAGUACUUGCGCAAGAAUGCGCCGGAAUUUUCUGGGCUCAGGCUGAACACCGAGAUCGCUAUCCCCGAGAAGGGUGCCACCUUGCACCACAGCACGCAAGUAUCCGCUUCGGAAGAUGCAAGCGCCUCUGGCGAUCCGAUCGUAGACAUCGCGAGGCUGGAAAGUCUACGGGUCAAGUCGAAAAUCGCGCCCCGGCAAUUCUCACGACUCGUCGAGAUGCACCUAAUGUCCACCCUUCCCGAUUCCGUCCGGCCCCAAGCCGAAAGGGACUCUGGGAAGCAAGCGGCACCGGAAGCCGACAAGCAUGCCUACGCGCUUUGGCGUCUGCUUCUCAAGCAGCGGCUGUACCGCCGCAAUAUGUCUGUCCUAGGCGAGUUCGAGAUCACGGAGCGCAUCAUUAAGCUAAACGAGACUGUCGGCAACGUCGAGUGGGAGUAUGCGAGGAUUCUGGACCGGCUCGAGUCGGCGACUACCGCUUCGGAUGGGAAGAGGAAGCUCGAUGUCGCGGACGCCGGCGAGAAUCCCGUGAGCAAAAAGGCCCGCGUCGGGGACGCCUCGUAGGAAGGCAUAGUCUUGGCUUUUAGACGCUUAUGAGAGAAAUCUCGUGCUUUGCAGGUGGGAACGGAGUUAUGGCUGGCAUUGAAUCAUAGAUACCUCCUGUACUUUCGCGCUGGUUUCGAGAGGUCGUAAUUAGGUAUCUUGCCCGAGGAACAUGCCAUUAUUGGCUGUUAUAGAGCACGGCUCG